AUGGAGGGUAGGGAAGGUGGUGUGAAUAGUAGUGGGGUUACAGUUGUGGGAUCAGAUGCUCCAUCAGACUACCAUGUCGCUCCAAGGUCAGAAAACCCGACCCACAACGCUGGAUCAACACCUCAGGCGCCGGUUGCGCCGCCACAGGCGGCGUCUCUGCCGGCGGCAGGGUUUAUGCCGAUGAAGAAGAAGAGAGGGAGGCCAAGGAAGUACGGACCGGACGGGAGUGUCACCAUGGCUCUGUCACCGAAGCCCAUAUCGUCCUCUGCGCCGCCGCCGGUGAUCGAUUUCUCGGCGGAGAAGCGUGGGAAAGUGAAGCCACCCAGCUCAGGGAGCAAGACCAAGUACGAGGUGGAGAAUUUAGGUGAAUGGGUUGCAUGCUCGGUUGGUGCUAAUUUUACACCCCAUAUUAUCACUGUUAAUUCGGGAGAGGAUGUCAUGAUGAAGAUUAUAUCAUUUUCUCAACAAGGUCCUCGAGCAAUAUGCGUGCUCUCUGCCAAUGGUGUUAUUUCAAGUGUGACUCUUCGUCAGCCUGAUUCUUCUGGCGGUACAUUGACAUACGAGGGCCGUUUCGAGAUAUUGUCUUUAUCGGGUUCAUUUAUGCCCAAUGAAACAGGAGGGACAAGAAGCAGAUCAGGUGGGAUGAGCGUUUCUUUAGCAAGUCCAGAUGGGCGUGUUGUAGGUGGUGGAGUUGGUGGUCUGUUAGUAGCUGCAAGUCCAGUGCAGGUUGUAGUAGGCAGUUUUCUAUCAGGAAACCAGCAUGAACAGAAGCCUAAGAAACAGAAACAUGACUACAUAGCUAAUGCAACACCAACUAUGGCUGUUCCUAUUUCAAGUGCCGACCCAAAACCAAACUUCUCAUCCUCGACUUCCUUCCGUGGAGAUAAUUGGUCGUCAUUGGCAUCAGAUCCAAAAAACAAGACUGACAUUAAUGUAUCUUUGCCGGGAGGUGUAAUGUGAAGAGUAAGUGCUUCUAGUUGCAAUAUGAGGUUUCUCACUGACCACAUUGGCAAUUAAGCUCCCCUAUUCCCAACUGUUGGAUCUCACUUGUCCUUGGUUGUUGUCUGUAAACUUGUUGACUACUAGUAUCGUCGCAGGGUUCAACCCCAUUUGAGGUGUUCUUUAAUUUAGCCGCGUAGGAAGGCUUCUAGUGCUGCUUCGGCAGCCUGUUGUGACAUCUAGAUUAGUUUGAUCAUGUAAUACUAGCGACCGAAUCUGCCUUUCCUUGGAUUGAUGUAAUGUGAUUUGAAGUUGUUUGAGACGUUUUCACUCA